CUCAACCCCUCUAGUUCUUUCCCCGCCUCGCCACCUUCCACGAUCUCGCGAGACUUGACCCAGAACAUUGCGGAUCGGGUCGGCGCCAUUUUGGGACUGAGACUGGUUGUGGGGGAGGGAAAAGCGGCAAAAGGGGAUUAUUCAAAGUACCGAAAACCUCCUCCCGGGAUCGAGCGCAGCGGCACCCCCAGGCCAGGGGCACCUCUGGUGUGGCAGAAGGUGAUUGAAUUACUCCUAUAUGAAGAUCAUCUUCUAGAUUUUGUGUAAAAGGCCCCGGAUAUUUGAAGUGGCCAUUUUGGGAUUACAAUGUUUUUGGAUAAUUUUGCCCCAGAAGUUUAUUAAAAGUGGCAAGAAUCAUCUCUGAAGUGAAUUUAUAGUAGUUGAACAAUUCUGCAAGCUGCUUAAAGAGACCUAGGCAUUUCUUCAGUAUUUUGGUUCAAACGGAUUCUAUAACUGGUUAAAUUAUUUCAGCUGGUGGUAUUUUUGCCUCUUCCCCCUACCCCCAUCCCUCUCCUUUAGUUGUUUUUCAGCCAAAACUGUAAGAUAUGUUUGAUUUGUGUACUGAAUAGUUUCGGCAGUUUCAGAUUACUGUUUAAAUAUUGCUGAAGUUUCUUGGCAGUUUAUUUUUACCUUUAUUAAAAAUUUUAGGAAUUUUUGACCUCAGCCCUUUUCAUGUCACAAUGGGACAGCUUUUCUAAAUGAAGACAUUGAAAGAAUACAGAGUUUUUUCCGUUUUAUCUUUUAUUUACGUGGAAAUUUAAGAUGUUGCAGUUUUCCAGCAGCAUGGUAGUAUUGAGAUAGCUAUGUGUCUCUAUAUGCUGAUGUUUAGGAAUGCUCUUCAGAUGUGAAAUUUUCUUUUUGUUUUUGCUUUUUUGCUCAUAAAUUGGAUAUUUCAUCUGGAGUGGAUAAGUACAACAGUGACCAGUACAUGGAAUAAGAAAGAAGACUUUAAAAUCUUAAAUCCAAGGAACUUGGCUAAUUCUGGAGAUAGCCAUAUGAAAACUUUAAAACAGAAGUAUGGGUAGCUGACUUGAAGUAACUCUAUGUCAAAUAGUCAUAGGUUAAGUAUCUUCAAAGAACUUGGAUAUUAUUUCAGAGGAUACAAAAUAAAAAAACAAACUGGAAAACAUAAAGAUUACAGAGAAAAACCCAACACCUUCCUGUGCAGUCCUGUUGGAAUUUGGACUUGCCAUGAGGUGUUGAAGCCUUGUUUCACUGAGUUGGAGAGACUGGACCUAAAUGGCGCAGCAUGACUUUGCUCCAGCCUGGCUUAAUUUUCCUACUCCACCAUCAUCAACAAAGUCGUCAAUAAAUUUUGAGAAGCAUUCUGAAAACUUUUCAUGGACAGAAAAUCGUUAUGAUGUGAAUCGUCGACGACACAACUCUUCAGAUGGCUUUGAUUCUGGUAUUGGACGUCCUAAUGGAGGUAAUUUUGGAAGGAAAGAAAAAAAUGGAUGGCGGAUGCAUGGAAGAAAUGGUACUGAAAACAUAAAUCAUCGAGGGGGAUACCAUGGUGGAAGUUCCCGUUCUCGUAGCAGUAUUUUCCAUUCUGGAAAAAGCCAAGGACUACAUGAAAACAGCAUACCUGACAACGAAACAGGGCGGAAAGAAGACAAGAGAGAACGCAAACAGUUUGAGGCUGAGGAUUUUCCGUCUUUAAAUCCUGAAUAUGAGAGAGAACCAAAUCAGAAUAAAUCUUUAGCUGCAGGUGUAUGGGGCCUACACGCCCAGACACACACAUACCCAACCAAAAAAAUCUCCCAAGCUCCUCUCUUAGAAUAUCCUCCGAAUCCUAAAUCUAGAGCUCCAAGGAUGCUGGUCAUUAAGAAAGGUAAUACAAAAGACUUACAGCUAUCUGGAUUCCCAGUGGUAGGAAAUCUUCAGUCACAACCAGUUAAGAACGGGACUGGUCCAAGUGUUUAUAAAGGCUUAGUCCCUAAACCUGCUGCUCCACCUACAAAACCUGCACAAUGGAAAAGCCAAACUAAAGAAAAUAAAGUUGGGACUUCUUACCCUCAUGAGCCUACAUAUGGCGUUGGCAACUUCAAUGCUUUUAAAUCAGCUGCCAAGAAUUUUAGUCCAUCAACAACUUCAGUGAAAGAGUGUAAUCGCUCAAAUUCCUCUUCACCUGUUGACAAACUUAAUCAGCAGCCUCGUCUAACCAAACUGACACGUAUGCGCACUGAUAAGAAGAGUGAAUUUUUGAAAGCAUUGAAAAGGGACAGAGUAGAAGAGGAGCAUGAAGAUGAAAGUCAUGCUGGCUCAGAGAAGGAUGAUGAUUCAUUUAAUUUGCAUAACAGCAAUAGUACUCACCAAGAAAGGGACAUAAAUCGAAACUUUGAUGAAAAUGAAAUUCCACAGGAGAAUGGCAAUGCCUCUGUAAUUUCCCAGCAGAUCAUUCGGUCUUCUACCUUCCCACAAACUGAUGUUCUUUCCAGUUCACUUGAGGCAGAACACAGAGGGUUUGGUGCAAUAAAAACUAACUUGGAAGGAGGAAACCAGAAUUCUCUUUGCUUCUUUGCCAUCAAAUUGUUAAAGGAGAUGGGCUGGCAAGAAGACAGUGAGAAUGAUGAAACAUGUGCUCCCUUAACUGAGGAUGAAAUGAGAGAAUUCCAAGUUAUUAGUGAACAGUUACAGAAGAAUGGUCUGAGGAAAAAUGGUAUUUUGAAAAAUGGCCUGAUCUGUGACUUCAAGUUUGGACCCUGGAAAAACAGCACUUUCAAACCCACUAUUGAGAAUGAUGACACAGAGACAAGUAGCAGUGACACAUCAGAUGAUGAUGAUGUGUGAAGGAUUUCCUAACAGCUUUAGAAAUUUUAGUGUGAUACAUCUCUCAUACAGUUUGGGGUGAAUUGUAAAAAUGAAGAACUAUAAUUUAUGUAGUAAAGUACCCCAUUAGAAGAUGAUUUUUUUGAGGGACUUCACUAUGAAGAAAACCAAGAAUGUUGUGUUGGGCUGUGUUGAACAUUAUUUCUUUGUAAAUGAAUGUUGUAGAAAUGAGGACUUUGGUUGAUCCAACAUUGACUUUCUUCAUCACUGCAGCAUUUCUCUGACUAGCAAUGUGACGAUGUAACAAAUGAGAUUUUCUCAUUUAAUAAUAAAAAAUUGUGUAAUGUUUUGCAAAGCUUCUGUCUUAAAAUGUCCAGGUCUUAAGAAAAAAGGCAGCUUACACUGUUUUGCUUGCAGAGUCAUAUCUCUUUCGUACAAUGGAAAUCCUCAAGUCCACUUUGUGCCCCCCCCACCCCCAAAAGGACAAUGUAGCAUGUUGGCUAAAACUGGAGCAAAGUGCACUAAAACAUUAAUUUCCUGAACUCAAGUGUUGUACUAGUCACCUUUUAAAAACAUAAAUUGCUCUUUAGCCAUGUGUAGUUCGGUAAACGUUACAGGAAAGACUUUGACACACUUUCUUCCAAAUUUUAAGAGGUGAUUUUCAAGAACUUUAUUUGGGUAUGUUUUCAGACUAGGACUUUCAGAGAUGAUGGAAGAGUCUUGUGGGAAUACUUAUUUUGAUAAAUUAUUACACAUGCAGAAAAACUGAUCACACUGACUGGAUCUGUCCACACAUGGAAAAUAAACUGGAUUUUCAGAAUAUUGUUGUUCUCUCUAGUGUUCAAGGUUUUGGUUUCUAAACACAAAAUGCUUUAUUUACUUAUUAAAACAAAGUUAUACUUUCUUUAUUAAAGAUAGUGAUUACUUUCUUAGUUUACAAAAAGAAAGUUAUGGAAAAUAUUCUUUUUAUUAUCAAAUGCUUAACAAGUUUAUUAAAUGAAUGAAUGUUGUUAAAUAGUCACUUUAUUUUUCACUUGCAUAUUUUAGAAUCAUUACUGUUUCAUUGCUGACUGGAAGAGUAAUUUAGCUCUGUAUAUUUGUAUUUCGCUGUUUCUUGUUUUGUUUACUUGCAUUUGCUUAUAGCUUUCCUCAUCCCAUUUCUGUCCAUGUUUAAAUAUAUGCUGAUUGUAAAGGGUUUAAUCUCAGCAAGAAUGUAGGUUUUCUAUUAGAUUAAGCUAAUCGUCAGUUUUUUCUUUUAAAUUGUAUUUUCUCAGAAGGCUGCAGUGGUUUGCUGUUUCUACCUCAAGGUCCUGCCCAAACUUCCCAGCUUUCAAGAGAAGCCAGAUUUUUUUGUUCACACUGAGACUGGUGGUGAUGGGGAAAUUAAAAACAAACAAAAACCAAAAGCACAGUUUUAUCCCCACAAAAACUAAGGAUGAGUUAGAGUGGUUAACAAAGUAUUAAAUAGAUCUUAAAAUUAUCUUUUUAAAUAGAUUCUUAAAAUACACCACAAUGCAAUCUAAUCAUCUAGUGUUAAAUGUACUGUCACAUCCCAAGUAUGCUUUCACAAAACUCUGUCAGUAUCACAUAACGAAAUGUUUGGCGGACUCUUAGAUUGCACUGUUUGGUUAACAGAUAAAUGAAAUCUAUCAGAUGUAAAAUGUAUUUGCUAACAUAAGCUAAAAAGGGACCUGAGAAAUGUGGUUUACAUUAAAAAUCUAACUGUUUCUACUGAAGAGCUUUCAGAAAAGA